AUCGAGAUACAGUCACAGAACCGUGAAAUUAUUUGGUGAUAUUAUAUUUAACCAAUCAAAUCUCAUAGUUUUGAACCAAUCAGGAACAAGCCCGCCAGGUAUAAAUCCGUUUCUAACAUUAUUUUAUCAUUAUCAGUGAUAUUUCACGAUAUCGAACAUGGCACGUACAAAGCAAACUGCUCGAAAAUCAACUGGUGGAAAAGCUCCACGCAAACAGCUCGCUACAAAGGCAGCUCGUAAGAGUGCUCCUGCCACCGGUGGAGUCAAGAAACCUCAUCGUUACAGGCCUGGUACAGUCGCUCUUCGUGAGAUCCGUCGUUANCAGAAAUCCACCGAGCUGCUGAUCCGCAAACUGCCGUUCCAGCGUCUUGUGCGAGAAAUCGCUCAAGAUUUCAAGACCGAUCUGCGUUUCCAGAGUUCCGCUGUGAUGGCUCUUCAAGAAGCUAGCGAGGCCUACCUUGUUGGUCUGUUUGAAGACACCAACUUGUGCGCCAUCCACGCCAAGCGCGUCACCAUCAUGCCCAAGGAUAUUCAGUUGGCCCGCCGAAUCCGUGGAGAGCGAGCAUAAAGUGGACAACACUUUCACCAAACAAACGGCUCCUUUAGGAGCCACCACAUGAAUAAAAGCAAUGACCAAUUGAUCUAUUACAAAAAAUAUGGUAUUCCCUUCACAGUAGAUACUAUCAGAUAAUAUAUAGAUGUUGAUUGGCCACGCGUUCGUAGCAGAACUAAAGUUCUCGUACAAGCGGAGUACUUCUGCAGCAAAAAUCUAAAAACACGGGGCGACGCAGCGUUUGCAUGAUUUUUUUGAAACCUCUCGGUUCAGGAAAGGUUACGAUCCACACUACUUUCUUUUUGGAUUAAAGCUUAGUUUGAAGUUGCAAAAAUCCAAAUCAAGGCCUUUCGUGUUUCUACAAUAAGAUAGUCAGCGCUGUGUAUAAAGAGCGGAAUACAUACUUUAUCUUCGGGACAAUCUCAAAUGAUCCCGCGUGGAUUUUCCUUGUUGGCGGACGCUACAGUAUUUCAUCAUGUUUACGUACACAUCCAAGACAUUUCGAAUACUCAAUAAUACUCAACAAUGCCCGAAAGAACAGAUCAAAACUGUUAUCUUUGACGGCGGGGUUUUUUUUUGUCAAAAGAUGUUUGUAAUCUUUUAUUCUCCAGGAAUCAGUUCGGAAAACCGAGCUCGAAAUAGCCGUUAGUAAAUAAUUUCCCUUGGCCUUACAAGUGAAUUGGAUCUUUGUUAUUCAAUAUUGUUAUCGAGAGAAUCUGUUUUCGCUCCAGACUUUCUCGGGCAAAACUGAAACGAAUCUUUUCAAAUGGCUUUUGCGUUACACGCGCACGAGACCACGAGUCACGCAACUUCCGAGAUUGUUUUCAAACCGUCACAGUCAAAGCGAGCUUUCAGCGACAAAUCUUUAGAAACAGAUUAUUUUACGGAGUCUCCUUAGAAUUUAAAAGUGAAAUCGAAUAAUUUGUAACUUAUAGAUAUUUUUCGGGCAAGGAAUAGAAGACGGGACGAACCAAAAGCUUUCACAGCACAAGUUUAUAGCUUAAGAAAUCAAAAAAAAGGAUUAUUUUUUUCGGAGUCGUACUCUGUUGACUAUUGCACUUUUAUUUCGUUUGGUGGCUCCUAAAGGAGCCGUUUUGUUUGGUGAAGGAGUGCCCUA